CAGCCAUGCGAGCCAUCCCCUGGACUCAGCUGCUUUCAGAGCACAUAGAUGGCUCGUGUGACAGCAAUAGCGCACAGAAGCAGCAAUGAAAUGCAGCUAGCAGCAGCCCUACAGCUGGGAGACGGAGGCAGGCAGGCACCAGCCCAGUCCCAGUGGCUCAGAUGAACUUACCGUGAGCCUGUCUGUAGUGUAUUUCCAGCUGUGGCUGCCUUUUCUCACUAGGAUCAGCUUUUCUUUCCAAAUUCUCUGUGGCUGCACUGGAGUGUGUGACUCCCUUGGUGACUGCGGUGUCCUCUUCGUUUCCCCCCCACCCUCCCUCUUUCUUCUUUCCUGCGUCCUUCUUUCUCCCAGGAUGGCGGAGGCUGAAUUGCACAAGGAAAGGCUGCAAGCUAUUGCAGAAAAACGGAAAAGGCAGACGGAAAUAGAAGGGAAAAGACAGCAGCUCGAGGACCAGAUACUUCAGCUGCAGCAUUUCAAGUCAAAAGCACUCCGUGAAAAAUGGCUGUUGCAAGGAAUUCCUGCCAGUUCUCCAGCAGAAGAAGAAGCCAGAAAGACACAAUCAGAAGAGGAUGAGCUCAAGGUGAAAAAGCUUGAAGGCAACGUCCAUAGGUUGGAACAAGAAAUAGGAAAACUGGAAAACGAAGAAUCUCAGAUAUCUGCCAAAGAGCGAAUCAUCUUAGAAAAACUAAAGGAAACUGAGAAAUCCUUUGAGGACUUGCAAAAGAGCUUCUCACACAAAGAUGGUGAUGCAGUAAAUUACAUUUACUCCCAGAUCCCUGAACGCCCAACCCUCUAUUCACGAACAACAGACCCAGUUCCUGGGAAAGACGGAACAAGCAGGAUAGCUGCUUUGUACAGCAUGGAAAUUAAUGUGGAGAAAGACAAACAGACAGGAGAGACCAAGAUUCUCUCUGCAUCCCCCAUUGGCCCAGAGGGAGCUCAUCAAAGAGGAAUCAAAGUCUAUGACGAUGGUACCAAAGUAGUCUAUGAGAUGCACUCUGGAGGCACCGUGGUAGAAAACGGAGUGCAUAAGUUAAGUGCAAAGGAUGUCGAUGAACUAAUUCAGAAAGCUGGACAAUCAAGAACAGGGACUGUAUCGGAGAGGAACACAAUAGUGGAUGGGAACCUCAGCCAUAUGAAGGAACAGAUACUCUUCAAGGAGGCAAAACUAGAGAUGGUGCACAAACCUAGCAAAAGGCAUUCUGGGAACCCUCGACAUCAAGCAAAACUCUCUGGGGAAGAAGUCCCAGAAGCCAGUGCAGAUCACCCAGUAACAAUGAUAUUUAUGGGUUACCAAAACAUAGAUGAUGAAGAUGAGACAAAAAAGGUUCUGGGUUAUGAUGAGACAAUCAAAGCAGAACUGGUCCUCAUUGACGAAGAUGAUGAAAAGUCAUUGCGUGAGAAGACAGUGACUGAUGUGUCAACGAUGGAUGGAAAUGCUGCAGAGUUGGUUUCUGGGAGGCCCCUGUCAGACACAACAGAGCCCUCCUCACCAGAGGGGAAAGAAGAAAGUCUACCUAUGGAAAAAGUCCCAGAAACAAAGGAAUUUAAUGUGUGGCCCCAGGAUCUAAGGGAGGAGGAACUGAUGGCAGUGAAAUCAUCUAGAAUCUCUGAGGAUGACAUCAGAUUGAGAAAAGAGAGAGACCGAUAUUGUGCCAAUUUCCUGGAGCCGGCUCGUGUGUGUGCAACAAAGGAAGAGAAGAUGGAAAUUGAAGCCCCUGUCUCGGAACAUAAAAACAUCACCGUGGGGACUUCAGCACAUGCAUCAGACAAUCAAACUCACUUAUUUCCCCCUGCUGCCAGUCACAAUGGACUUAAAGACAGGCAUGAGUCCCUGGACAGUGAGGUUGCUAGAGAGAUCAGAUAUCUGGAUGAGGUGCUAGAAGCAAACUGCUGUGAUUCUGCUGCUGAUAACCCCUUUAACGGGAUGACUUCCUCCUCCCCUGAGCCAAGUGCAUCCAUUGUCGUGGAUGGGUCUGGUCCAUCCGUUCGCAUUAUCAGUGAUUCCACAGCACCCAGUGAAAGGGAGGUCAUCAGAGUUGGUGGGCAAGCACCUUCAGUCAUUGAACACAGACAUGCAGUAUCCGAGAAGCUAAAACCAAAUGGCCACUCUGCAGAUGUAUUAAGGGAGGAACACUGUGACAAUCUGAAAGUGCCAGCAAGUCCCAGCUCUUCCACAAGUUCAAGGUCUUCCAGGGAUGGAGAAAUAACCUUAACCACCAUUAAGAAGGAAGCUAAGUUUGAGCUUAGAGCAUUUCAAGAAGACAAAAAGCCAUCGAAACUGUUUGAAGAGGAGGAUACGAAAGAGAAGUACAGAGUGCGCAAAGUGAGGCCCUCCGAGGAAUUGGUAGAGCUGGAAAAAGAGAGGCGGGAGCUCAUCAGGAGCCAGGCUGUCAAGAAGAACCCUGGCAUAGCAGCAAAGUGGUGGAACCCGCCCCAGGAGAAAACGCUGGAGGAGCAGCUCGAUGAGGAGCAUUUAGAGUCCCACAAGAAAUACAAAGAACGCAAAGAGAAGCAGCAACAAUCAUCCAUGCCUGUGAAGCAUGUCUCGUAUUCCUUCACACCGCCUGAGCCAGCUAGCAAUAAGAAAGUUGAUAUUGUCACUGAGCAAAUAGAUUUUUCAGCUGCACGGAAGCAGUUUCAGUUAAUGGAAAAUUCAGGUAACUCAAAUAACACCGCUGCAUCCAAGAGAUCAGGGACCCCCAAAAUGUUCACUAUCCAACCCUUCUACAAACCAAUGGGCCCCUCCCAAAUGGACCGGCGAACAGUCUCAGUUACAAAACCUGCACCUGCAUAUGAACAAAUAUUACGGGUUGGCAAUAAUGAUGUAACUAUUGUAAAAGCUGAAAAGGUCUCUUGCAUAUCAGAUGACAACAAUAUAAUUAUUCAGAACCUCUCUGACCCAAUGCGAGUGUCUCCUUACGGUGAUGCCAUGAAGGCUGGGCAAGCUGCAAAGGUAUGGUCAGAUGAUGGUGAAUUCAUGAGUGCAAAGGCAGUCUUUACAGUGGUGAGGGAUGAUGAACAAGGCCUAUUAGAUCAGUUCUCAAGGUCAGUCAAUGUAUCUUCCCCUCCGGAGGAACUGGAUUCUGGUUUGGAUGAUUUAUCUGUGAGAUCUCAGGAUACGACAGUUCUGGAAACACUUUCCAAUGACUUCAGUAUGGACAAUAUCAGUGACAGUGGUGCCUCCAAUGAGACAAUGAAUGCCCUUCAAGAAAAUUCGCUUACGGAUUUCUCUUUGCCUCAGACCCCUCAGGCCAACACACCCUCUGAAUGUCGAGGAGAGGGCGUCUCCAAGUCACUUAGUGACCAUGGUUUUUACUCUCCUUCUUCACCAUUGCUUGACUCCAUGCUCAUUGACGAGCAGCUGGAAUACCAGGCUGGUCUGCUGGUCCAAAACGCCAUUCAGCAAGCCAUAGCUGAGCAGGCUGACAAAAUGAAUUCCAAACACGCAAAAGAUGCCACCGAGCAAAAGAACCAGCAGGCCAAAGAGCAGGAGGCAGUGGACAAGACACAACAUGCUGCGAAACAGCACAAUCCAACCUUCCAGCCACCUCAGGUGUCCUCUCCUGUGCAAGAAAAAAGGGAUACAGCACCAAAGACUUCUGCAGUUCAAGGCCCUGUGCACAGAGAAAGGCAGGCACCACAGCCCUCCCUCGUUGCUCAUGCCACUCAACCAAUCACUGUGGAGGAAACCAAGCCAGAAGUCAGCUAUUUUAGCAAGUAUUCCGAAGCAGCUGAGCUGAGGAGCACAGCUUCCAUUCUGGCUAUGCAAGAAGCAGAGGUGACAGUAGGGCCUUUCAAACUGAGGUCAAAAAAGCAGAGGACUUUGUCCAUGAUUGAAGAGGAAAUCCGAGCAGCCCAAGAAAGAGAGGAGGAACUGAAAAGACAGAGGCAAGGAAUGCAGAUCACGCGGAGCCCUGUUGCAAAGAGUGCACCUCAGCUGCCCACCAGAACUGUGUCUUACAGAACUGCACCAGGUAAAAUAGAGAAGAUCAAGCCACCUCCAUCCCCAACCGCUGAAGGUCCCCCCUCGCAUUCCGAUUUAGCAUCAGAUGACGCUGGAGGAUCCCAGAGGCCCAAGAACCUGAUGCAGACUCUCAUGGAAGAUUACGAAUCUCACAAAACCAAGAGGCGGGAGAGGAUGGAUGAGAGCAGUUACACCUGUAAAUUACUGUCUAACAAGGUUACUUCCGAGGUCCUUGAGGCUACCAGGGUCAACCGUAGGAAGAGUGCCCUGGCAUUGCGGUGGGAGGCUGGCAUUUAUGCUAACCGGGAAGAAAAUGAGUAGUUCCCUUGGCAAAUAAGCAAGCUUGUUGUUUUUAAUUGCAGAGACGAAGAAACCAAAUAGAAGAGCAAAGUUUUAAUUUUUUUUUAAAGCGACAUCAUUUUAAUUGAUAUUUAUUACAAAUGCAUCAAUCUCUGCAAUCCUUGUUCAAACAGGAGCAGUCCACACACACACACACAGAUAAAUAUAUACAUACAUACGUGUGUGUGUGUGUACACACACACACACACACACAUAUAUAUAUAUACAUAUAUAAACACACAUAAAUAUAUACAUGGACAUGUACACGCACAAACACACAGGAAAGCAUCUGCUAUCCCCCCAGAACUGAAGACGCAGGCUGUAGCCUUGGAGCUGAAGUCAUUGCCACUGACCAGAAACAGCAACAAGUGACAACCCCAGAGGAAAUGUAUUGGAGCGAGCAGAAUGAACACGUCGCUUCCUUCUUGCUGUCUUCACAGCCUUGUCUUUGGAAUGGGAAGAGUUGGCCUUUAGAGAAUCUGACCACAAGAUGGCACCCUGCAAGCAAAUAAACAGUUCUUCGAGCUUGUUUGGGCAGCUCUUCAUCCAUCCAUUUUUGGUGUUAGGAACAAGGAUAUUACUCUGAUAUAUCUUAGAUAGCCAUAAUAUACUGAGAUAAUUGUUUUUGCUGUUAACAAAUGGGGGGAAGGUUUUGAAGGUUCUUUCUAAUUUAACGAUUUAAAAACAAAAGAAAACCAGAAGCUGUUAAUUUGCAGAUGUGAAUGUACAAUCCAUAUAUUUAGUCAUAAAAAAACCAUUAUAUUGUUUUUGCUGAUCUUUUGAAAGCUUGGGGCAGAUUGGCAGAUUGUUCACCUUUCUCCUAGCUCACCAUAUGUGGUUUUGGUUGAAAAUUUGCCACCCUUGUUUCAUAAUCCGUUUGCUUCACACAGUUUCCUUUUAAUAGUGCAGCACAAUUCAUAGGUAGGGUAGAAGAGAGAGAGAAAUGCCAAAUCAGAAUAUCCUAAUUUUAAUGGUCUGUAUGCCUGCAGUUAUGGUCUGGCCUCCUGUUUCUCAGUGCAUAUUUGCAUUAUCAUCCGUGUUUAAUGGGCAGUGGUUGAUAUGAUGGCAUAGGGGGAAUAUACAAUAACAGUCCAUAAAGAGCAGUCAAGCUGAGUCAGGGAGAGAAGGGAGAAACAUUUGCAUAUUUUUAAGUGAAGCAAUAACUGACACUCAAGUCAUUAUUAUGUUACAGAGAAGGGUUUGGAAGAAAAAUAGUUGUAUCUUUAACUAUAUUUAUGCUAUAUAAAGGUCUUGGCGUUAAACUAGAGUGUGGGGAGUAUGUUUUAUGUUACCAGGAAAUGAAAAGUUGGAGACGGUAACAGAGUGAGAUGAGAAGGGAGGGGCCAAAGGGUUAUUUUUGUGGUUCACACAGCGUUUUCAGAGCUAAAAAAGAAUAUAGAGCCUUUAGUUAAGAGUAUAGGCUGGGAUUCAGUGAUAAAGGAAUAUGGGGUGGGUGAGGCGUGUGUGUGCUUGUGUGCAUGUGAAGCUGGAAUAUUAGGAUGACAAAGAGAUGUAGGUGUACAGAUUAUUUUCUCCACAGCUGUCUUUGCCAGCUCUAGGGGUAUAUAAACCUUUAUUUCUCUUUCUUUCUUUCUUUCUUUCUUUUAAAUGAAAAGGGAUAUUAAAAGGCACUAAACUGAUGCAGUAUUUGUCAUAAUGAAGCUGACCGGACACGAUAUUUGCAUGAGUUAACAUUUCAAGGAGUAUUGAACAGUUUUGUAAUCCAACAUUUAGAAAAGAAAUGUGGUAUUUAUUCUUGUGCUUUAUAUGCUGGCACAGUAUUAGAGGCUGCUGGUUUACUCUUCUUUAGUUCAAGCAAUGCAGUAGAAUGUGUAAUGAUGGACACCCAUAGCUUCUGGACUGGGAUAUGUCACAUUUUAGGCAACUGAAGAAUGGUACAUGUAUCUUUUUUAAAACCUACAAGGUCCUUUUGACUGAUCUUUAAGGGGAGAAAAAAGUGACCCUCUGUACAUUUCUCUUUCAUAUUAUUCAGUAUUAUGAGCAGGAUUUUUCUGUCCUGAUGUUUUAAUUAGGCAAACUUCAAUUUAUUAACACACCAGCCUUGGAGAGGAUUCUUUCUGUAUUGUAUGCAGAAAGUAAAACAGAUAGGUCAACAGCUUAGAUAAUUAUGCCAUCUACAAUGGAUUCUGAUCCAGGCCUCCAACCUUGAGCUCCACAUGUAUACAGAGCAUCGAUUGCCAGCUGUGAAGACUGAAGACUCCUUUUGCACAUGGAGUGCAUUCUCCUGCUGUGGACAGCAAUAGAAGAGUCCCGUUUGCAGGCAUGAGUUAUGCCGUUGGAUCACAGCCCAGAGAUCCACACACAACUGAUGUAAUUGCUAGACUCUGGGCCAGAUUUGGUAGAUCCUACAGCUGUCACAGAUUUUGUAAUCAGAAAGUCUAAAUUACAGAACUGGGGUGCAUUUUGCAUAAAAGAUCUUUAUAUUUAUGGUUUGCACACUAUUAUGAGUUUUGAAAAUAUUUAAGUACUUGUGGCACAAACCAGCCAAAGUUAAUCAAAGGUGUUUGUUUAAUCCAUUUGGGAUAGGCUUUACUGUUGCCUAUUAAAACCAUUGGGGAUUUUAAAGUUCUUGAUUUUGACCAGAUAAUGUGCUAGCUUAGGCAUUUUCAAGAGCUAAAAUAAAUAGGAAGAAGAACUCAGUUCAUGGGUAGGAAGCAAACUUGGUAUGUGAGGAAAGAGCAGUGAGGCAUAAUGGCGGGGGGCGGGGGAGACAGGAGGGCCAAAUUGCUGUCCACAGCGGAGAACUUCCUGUGUGCUUCCUGAGCCUUUAGCAGAAUCUGCCUGACAAUCAGUAUUUUUGUCUCCAGAGAACUGUUUUCUUUGAAGACAGAUAAAAAUUCUCAGGACUAUGAUGAAGCAGUUGGAUUCUGUGCUGAUUUAAAAAGAAAGAAAAAAGGCUGUACUGGCAAUAUACUCUGAGAGAUUUUACACAUGUGUGAACUGAGUAAAGAGAUCCUCUAACCAUUCAUACUGCAUGCAACUCUUACUGAGAAAUGGUGGUCUUAUAAUGGGGAGGAAGAGUAUACAUUUGCUUGGAAUUGAAUGUUUUGUUCCCUUUUAAUAGGUUAUAGUCAGCUCAGCGUGAAAAACAAUGAGAUCCCCAUUUCUAAAAGAAAAAAAUAAAAAGUCACUUCAAAAAUCUGUUUCAUUUGUCUAAGUAUCUCAUUCUAUUUUUCCAGUGCUUUUUCCCCCAGUAGCAAAAAUGAGAUCAGUCUCUGGCAUCUUGGGAUGACUUUGCUAAGAGGAAAGAGAGGUUAUGAUUCAUCACGCUAUUUGCCCAGUGAGGUUUUUGGUGGUGAUGGUUAUUAUAGUGAACCGCUGUCAGUGAACAAUUUCAGAAGUUAAGGAAUCUUGGACUGCCAUUUUCAGCAAUAGCACAGCAUAGUGCUUUGAUAAGAAAAAGGCAAGUAAAUUGUAAUGCUUUUACAUUCACUCAUCCGAAUAUUAUUGCAAAGUUAGCUUAGACUCCACACACAGAGAGUUAAUAAUAUUUCUUGCAGCAAAUGCUGAUAUAAUUAAAUUGUGCAUUGACAAAUAGUUAAGCAUUAUAAUUUGUGACUAUCCAGAUUGUUGUGGUGUGUGUGUGGUUUUUUCCCCCUUUUUGUUAACUGCAGAGCAGAUUUCUCAAACUGUUUUAUUGUUUUAACAAAUUAUCAGUUAUAACUUAAUUUUGCUCCCCAUCCAGAAGGAUCCAUUGGAGAAAACAGUAGCAGUCAUCAUAUGGCUUCUGGCAUAUGUUAACCCCACUGCAUUGUUGUACCCUGUUUCUGUUUUAUAGUGACUGUGAGGCAUACAGUGCAAGUAUAUAAUUAUUUUCUCAUUAAAAGUUAAACAUCGUG